AUGGCCGCGCCGCGGCGCCUCCCCGCGCGGGGCCUCCUCGCCUUGGCCGCGCUGCUGGCGGCGGCGCCGGCCGCGCCGCCAGAGAGAGCUGUAACUGAGAAAGAAUAUUCUGCUGAUGUAUUUAAAAAGAAUCAUAUUUAUGGCAACAUCAAGCGAGAAGUGAGUGUCUAUGUUAAAGUAUUUACAAAUAGCCCAUUCCUCGUGUGUAUGGAUUUAGGCCUUUCUCAAGAAGAAAUAAUAGAUCCCACCUAUCUGUGGAUUGGUCCAGAUGGAAAAAACUUACAAGGGCAAACAUAUGUGAAUCUUACAGCAACAGGAAAGCUGAUGGUGAAGCGUUUUAAGGAGUCCAUGUCUGGAGCGUACACUUGCACUCUUUCUCACAAGAUCAUUGAAACCGAUGCACAGGACGAGACGGAGGUGUCUGAAGCGUACAAAUUCAUGGUCUAUGCAUACAGGGAACCCGACUAUACAUACAAGAUAUCUGUUCGCUUCACUACCAAGGAAUGCAAACUAGUAGCUAACAACAAGUUCUUUGAGGAACUGAAGAGAAUCCUGGAUAAUAUACUCUCUGAUCUGGCGUGUCAUGUCAUAGAGCCAUCGUAUAAGUGCCAUUCAGUCAAGAUACCAAAACAGAGCCUCCUGCAUGAGCUGUUUAUUACAUUUCAAGUAAACCCUUUUGCACCAGGAUGGGAAGAAGUUUGCAACCACCUUCCUUAUGACUGUGAAGAUGAAACAAACAAGAGAGUUCAAGAGGCAAGAGACCGUAUUGAAGAGUUUUUUAAUAAACAGACAUAUGCUUUGAAGCAUGACUUUCAAGCUCUGCCUACAAUACACUAUGUGGAUCACAGCUUUGAAGUUACUCGCAUUGACAGCUGCCGACCAGGCUUUGGGAAAAACGAUAUCACCCACAACGACUGCGCUAGUUGCUGUGUGGUUUGUGACCCUGGAACAUACAGUCCUAACAAUGAAGUGACCUGCCGAACUUGUGUAAGAACUCAAAUCAAACAGUAUGGAGCAAAAUCUUGCUAACGAACUUAGAAAAAUAAAAUUGGAAAGUGAAGAGGAGUUGUGAAAGCUUUGUCGUCAUGUUCCUUUUCUUUCUAGUUACCAUUGGGGAAACCUGCACUCACUGCUCAACAAUAGCCAGAGCCCAUCACUCAAAAUCCUACAGUUUUGGUAAUCAGGAACCUCUCAGAUUAUAAAAACAGGUACAGAGUGUUCAAAAUCAACACAAGGAAGAGGAUAUCAAGAAAAUUACGAUGUCGGCCAUGUGGUUUUUAGCAAAAAAAAAGCCUGGUUCUCUGUGGUGACACCAAGCAAGCCCCAGCUGUGCACUCUGGCUUCACAUUGAGGAGUUAUAAACAGCUCAGGGGACAAUAAGAGAUAGUCGUAGUGAACUGCGGAUCAUAAUGACAUAAAUUAUAUAUUAA